AACCCGGAAGAAGCGUGUUGAUCACUUGACCUGUAGUGGAUUCCUACUGUUUAUUAGUUUUUGUUUGAUGUGUUUGUCGUUUUCCUCUUGAUACACAUAUUCGCGGGAAUUAUUGCAUCUCAACAAUUGGUUCACAUACACUGUAAUGCUACAAACUUUUUGAUAAUUGACAACGCUCGGCUUUCAUGAGAAACCUGGAUUCAACGCUUAAACAUCUAUUUUGCAAUAAGAACCGUAUUUUUUGGACAUUUGAAGUUAAUUGUUUUCUGUAUAAACUGUCCCGGCAUAUUUGACAAUGGGUUGUGUCUGUUCGCGCUGACACUUGCAUGUGUUUUCCAAACUAAACAUAAAUGGUUUACAAAUCAUUGAAGUAUUAGCGACUGGUUAACGUGGAUAAGGAAUGGAAUAUGGCUACAUCUGAGAUGAUGCUGAGUCUUGGACUAAUUGAGAAAGAUGUAAAUGCAGACACGCUUUGGGUUUGGUGUUAUCCUUCCAUCAGUGCUGAUCUGCGAGAGGUUCUGUUGAGAAAAUGUUGCCUGCCGUUAAAUAAUCAGGUACUGCACAAAUUUGUGUUUGGACAAUACUGCCGAACCUGGUACUACAUCACCACUGUCGAGGUUCAGGAGCCAACUGCACUUAAAAAGGUGACACAUUUCUCAGUAGUUAUCACAGCUAAGGACUUCAACCCUGAAAAAUAUGCUGCAUUCAGUAGAGUUCUGUGCAGGACAUAUAUCAAACAUGGAAGUCCUGUGAAGAUGAUGGAAUGCUACAUCGCUGUUCUGACCGAAGGGAUAUGCCAGAGUGAUGAGAACGGCUCCUUCCUUAUCAAAGAUUACGACGUCAGAAAGGCCUACCUGGCUGGAUCCUUAAAAGAUGUUGUGUCACAAUUUGGUAUGGAGACCAUCAUCCUUUAUACAGCACUAAUGUUGAAAAAAAGAGUAGUGGUCUAUCACCCACGUAUUGAGGCGCUGCUGGAGUUCACAAGAGCUCUUCCUGGACUGGUAUGGCAUAGAAAAGACUGGUCCAUCCUCCACCCUUUUGUACACCUGGAUGAUAAUGAGCUGGAAAACCUCAAGCUGUGUACAGGAUAUGUUGCAGGGUUUGUUGAUCCUGAAGUCAGAGACAGAUCAGAUCUGUUUGAUGUGUAUGUUAAUCUUCCAGACAGUGAAAUCACUGUGUCACAAAAUGCCAAAGAGGCAAUGGCUAUGGGAAAACUCCAUAAAGAGAUUGGCAACUUCAUUGUCCAGGCUGCAGAGGACACCGAUCGCAUAGAUGCACAGGUUAUUAAGGAUAUUUCAGUAAAAACUAAGGAGAUCCUCAGUAACCUGAUGUCUCUUGCUGAUGAAGCAGAGAACUCUAAGUUGACUUUGGAGACCCUGAAGCAGCGGCACUACCCUCCAGCGACUGAGAACUUCCUCUUUCACUUAGCUGCAGCUGAGCAACUCCUGAUGAUCUGACCAAUCAGUGCAUCUCAUCCAACU